UGGUGCGUUCGUCCCGCUUCUCCUCUUGUUCUUCUCGAGGAUUUCUUUCUCUCCUAUCGCUCGCUUCGGGGCGCACAGCAGCGGCUCCCGUACGGGAACGUGGCCUGGCCGCGGUUCGGCCGAGCGCGAGUCGCCUUCGCCGUGACUCGACUCUUCAACAUCAACCGGUCGCAAGCUCGCGGAAAUGCCCUGACUGCCUUGUCUCCCUUUGGUUUCGUGCACACCGGAUACGCUGGAUCCGAGAGCAAGACGCGUGCGGCCGGGGCAGCGACUUCGCGGUGCGGCCGACGGGCUCGCACUGUCAUUUAGGAAGCAUCAGUCGACACCAGCUGCGGUCUGAGGAAGCGGCGUUUAGAAACCGGAACACUUCGAGGGACUUCGUGUUCUACACGAGGGGACACUGUAGCACUUGAGCAGCUGGACGGAGUAUCAUCCCGUGAGGCCAGCUGUGUGUGUUGACCAACUUCCCCGGUGGAGUUAUGGACUCGCCUUGAACGGAAUUACGGCGCGGAAGUCGUUCUCGAUGUGUUCGUUGGUUGGCCGUCGCGCCGUUUUCGUGGUCAGUGGAGCACAUUGGAUUUAUAUUGCUGCCUUUGCUUGCGUGAUUACUGUUUUUGCGUCGUCUCUUGUUGACUCAGCUGUUGCUCUCCUGCGCUGUGACGUUGGCGCGGCGGUUUCCCACGAAUUUGUGUCACUGUGGUUGGCGGCCUGAACGUGAAUUGUGGCUUGCGGUCGGCUUUAGCCGCUGAAGUGUGCUGAGACAGCGACGGAGCCGGCAUGUGCGGUGCCGGUGAUAGAUGUGUGUGGGUGACACGGCGGCCACGCCAUUGGAGCGCCGCACUGUUUGGAGUAGUACUGCUGCUUGGAUGCUGGUCCCGACAGGUUGGUGCCCGGUACCAGGCGGUCACAGCCGAGGCGCAGACGGUGACGGCUCUCGAUGGCAGCCAGGUGCAACUGAGCUGCGACAUAAGCGCUCCGGGCGUCGGUGACUUUCCGGUGCGCAUCCGCUGGUUCAAGGACUCCAGCCCCAACCCCGUGUAUAGCGUAGACGUCAAUCCGAGGACGGGGAGUCUGUCGCAGAUCCGCCAGAGUGCGCAGCGUAGCAGCUUGCAGGGUCGUGCGUACUUUUCGGUCAUCCAGACACCCGCCGUGCUCAGCAUCGACCGUCUUCGGCACGCAGACAAUGGGUCCUAUGUGUGCGCCGUGGACUUCAAGAAAGACUGGACACGGAAGCUCACAACGCACCUGAUCGUCAUCGUACCUCCCAAGCGUCCCGUCAUAAUGGACGAAAAUGGCACGAAGAUUGACAACAUCACCAGGCCGUACCUAGAGGGCGAAGACCUCACUCUGACCUGUGACGUCUACGACGGUCAGCCAGAGCCCGUGGUGACAUGGUGGCGUGGCUCGGAACUUCUACAGCAAGCGCUGAGCCGCACUUCGGGUGGGCAUCCACGCGCCACGCUGUUUCGCCUGCGGCUUACGCGUGCCGACUACCAGGCGCGACUGACCUGUCGCGCAACCAACAGCAACAUUACGCUGCCCGUGGCCACAACCAUCGUUGUCAAUAUGCACUUAAAGCCAGUCUCGGUUGAGAUCAAAGGACCCCGUGGACCGCUGUCAGCGGAGCUGCCGGCACAGGUCAUCUGCCAGGUGAACGGCUCGAGGCCAGAGGCACUGGUUCGCUGGUUUCUGGGACCAUACCAGCUGAACGACACCGAGACGCACGUCAUCUCACCUAACACCACGCUGGGAGUGCUGAACUUUGUGCCUGGAGACCGCGACCAUGGUGCACGGCUGCGCUGUCUCGCCUCCAACUCAGCGAUUGGUGGAGCGCAGGGCAGCACAUCUGCGCCUCUGGAGGACUCCUGGAUACUCGACGUCCACUACAAACCGGUGGUGCAGCUGCGGCUAGGCAGCGGCCUCAGCCCGUCCAACAUCCACGAGGGCAUCGACAUCUACUUCGAGUGCAGUGUGCGCUCCAACCCACCGGUGAGCGAGGUGUCGUGGACCUUCGAUGGUCGCGACCUCCACACGGACGGUGCCCGAGGCAUCAUCGUCAGCAACCAGUCACUCGCGCUGCGCUCUGUCAACCGUACCAACAGCGGUUUCUACGCCUGCCACGCUGCGAACUCGGAAGGUGAAGCCGAGAGCAACCGUCUGCGGCUCAGGGUUCUACAUUCACCAGUGUGCCAGUCGGGCCACCGGCAGCACUCGCACUCAGUAGCGAAGCACGAGACGGUAGAGGUGGAAUGCGAUGUGGAGGCGGACCCGAGCAACGUGACCUUCUCGUGGACCUUCCACCAGGCGCACCGGACCGCUGCGCUGUCUCCGAACGCCAGCUUCUCGACGCCGCCGGGGGCCCCGCUGCGCUCCGUGCUGCGCUACACACCGCGUUCGGACACCGACUACGGCACGCUCUACUGUCGCGCACGCAACGCCGUCGGCGACAGCCUCGAGCCUUGCAUAUUCCAGAUACACCCCGUCGGUCCUCCAGUGACGCCUUUCAACUGCAGCGUAGAGGAAGUGACAUCAGAAGGCGUGCACGUUGUGUGCCAGCGCAGCGGGGCAGGACAGCAGCAGACAUUUUUAUUAGAGUUGCAGGAUGGCCAGAGCACGCCCAUCGUGACAAACUUCACCUCCGGCCAGCCAAGUUUCCGCGUCCACUCACUGAGGCCAGCCACGCGGUACCAGAUGGCGCUGUACGGUAUCAACGCCAACGGCCGCAGCGAGCCCGUCCAUUUGACCGUGUUCACGCUGCCUGUGGGCAGGGGACUGGUCAGCAAAGCAGACACGGAGUGGUCCCUAGGGUCUACCACUCUGUGGGCAGCCGCGCUGAGCGCCGUGGCCGCCUUUCUCAUCGUAUUCAUCGCACUUACGCUGGGCAAGUUCAGGCGGAAGAUCCUCUUCAACCGAGCUCAAAACGUUUGGAACAGGAAUGAAAGAGAGUGCAACCAUGUCCCGCACGAUCUGGUCGAAGGAAACUUGGACUUGGGGACGGAACUCAUGGCAUUCGACCCGCCGGCAAUGAUCACGUUCAAGGAUCCCCUCUCAAUGAAACCAGCGCUGAACGGCAGCAACGGUACAAUCCUGGGUCUGUCGUCGCAGCCGAAGGGACGAGUCCCGUCGCCGUCCUAAGCAGCUGGACCAUCGGCAGUGGCGCCAACUGGCGCCGCUUCAUUCAUAGCCACCACGCGGCGGCAGCGACGCAUCGGAGCGCAUGACUUUCGUUAUCUGCCUGAUCGGCACGACACUGUCGCCGUCGUCUGAAAAAGGCACGGGAAAUGUGCGCAAAGAAAAAAAAAAUGUGUUCUACCUUUCGGUCGUUGCCCUCAACGCACCUCGAAUGCUCAACGUGGUGGGAAAAAGUGGGUCGUGAUGUCGAUGACGAAGCUCUGAGACUGAGAGACAAGACUCGAAGAAGUGGAUAAGAGUUAACAUUAUGCUAACCAAGCACUACGGACAUGUAUUUUCCAGUGACUUCUUUGCUGCGUAUUUUGCAGCGCAGGUUAUGAACUUUUUUUCAAUAAGGUUUCUUCUUUUUUUUUUCGUGAAAUGUGCUUACUUUGUAAAGGAGAGCACGAGUAUAGCGCGAACAUCAAGAUGUGGCAAAGGAAGAUGUAGAUCGUACGCGUCUGUCAAAGGCCUAGUAUACAUAUGAACGGUGGAGUUGGAUUAUUUGAUUGAUUCUAUUUUUGACUCGAGCCGUCGUCAGACGGCCGGGGCAAUAGAAACCACUGCUACGAUCUACGUACUAAUGGUAGUGCCACGUGCCAGCACUACGACGAGCCACACCGUCACGCAAGUGUUUCCGGCCAGUUGCUCUGUUAGCGAACAUUUCUGCUUCACUUGUAGCCCAAGCUUAGCUCCGACAAUAGCCAUGUAUAAUUAGCUGAGGCGUGGGUAUACUUGGCAUAUUUUGUUCGCUUCCUUCGGUGUUGUUGCGGGCCCGUCAGCGCAACCCCUUGAUUCGGCUGCCGUGAGGGUAAUCAUUCCUAUGGAACUCAAUUACAUUUCUCUUAGCGUCUCAAGGUUCUGCAUCAUUUAAUGUUAUUCAGUGAUUUGCCAGUAUUUGGUUAAUUUGUUUAUUGUCAGAAAUAUUAUUGUGUCACGGAAAAAAACAACUUUUUACUAACUCACUCAAAAGAAAAAGCUGCCAGGGUACUCUUGAUGUAUUACGCUGUUUCAGUGACGGAAAAAAAAGCUGGCUAUGGGGGCGUAUGCGCAGGUCCUGAAUGAAGUACGAAAAACUGAAGACUGUUCCACUUUUCCAGACUGUCCCUACUUUACGAAGACACCAUGCAUAGUGUUCUUUGAACUGACUAACUCUAGUUCGGUCCGGCUGUGUUUUGGCUAGAUGGAGUGCUACAUGAAGGACAAUAUGAACACACGGACGCUAGGCUUCAUGAACGCAUAAAUGAAAGCUGGGGCAUUCACCGAUAAUCAAAUUAACGCGCUGGGUUUAUGGCACCGCAAGUGAGUACGGCUAAAAGCAUGGAAAGCUAGGAAUGUUCAUCUGGUGGAAACAAAUGACCCAUGCCAUAGCACAUGGAGCGUGCACCUUGCCUACAAUAAAUGGCAGGAUCGUAAGUACAACAGGGUCAAGCUCUUCAUUCUAGUGAGCUGUGCGUUAUUAUUCGUGGCAUUCAACGGACAUGAGGGAACACUUAUUGGUCCUCUUCAAUUAUGAAAUUAGAAAGGACAGAGCCUUGAAGGAACAUAGACAUAGAUUUGAGUCAGCGCGUGAACAUGCCACAGAGUUCCCUCACUCACCAAUGUUACCUCGGGUGACUCCACUGAGGUUUGUUUCCGCUGCACAACACAUCGUACGAUUCGUCGUCAUGGACUCAUGGAUAUCCCUGUUGUAACCCCCCUUUACAAAGAAGUGAUACACGUCCACAAAAGGGAACUUCUGGUUUGCGUCACAAAGGCAAGAAAGAAACCUAUUUUCGUCGCCUGUGUACUAACCUUCGGAGCAUCUGACACCGCCUAUCCCCACUCGCUAUUCCGAUUUUGUCACUUGUGUCGCGUUCCUCGUCAAGCCAUCAACGCAUGGAGCGAGCCUACCCUCGUGCUCGAGCAGAACUGGAAAGACGUCCAAUGAAGCUCCGUCUAGACCCGGUGUUCUUAAAAGGGCAACAUUGUGGAAGAGCAGUAUGCGCUCGUGCUGUGCCAGGUAUUACCUGGAAACACGACCAGUGGCCAUGGAACAAGCUGUGCGCACGACUUGUACAUAGCAUGCAGCGAGCGUCGCAGCUGGCAAAGACGGCGUGUGCGUGACUGGGUGUGUGUUUGUGCACCGGCGUUCAUCUGCGUGAGUGUCCCCCUUGUGAGUGUGAGCGUGUGUUUCCUGUCUGUGGGACCAAACCUGAAGGAGAGAUUUACUGCCGUUGCCACGCGCGCUGAAGGUUUCGUCGUUGAAUAUGGCGACGCGAUUGUUUUACAAUAAACUGGUCAUCUGCUGCUC